UGUCAUGCACCACGCAAAAGUGCAUCUCUUGUGCAGGGCGGGCUUCGAAUAUUAUUGAGCAACAAUUAAAGCAAUCAGUACCACUUGCCUUGAACCGUUUCUGUCACGAACAGUGCGAAAAGCGUGCGGUGUAAUUUGCUGUCACGGUGUAGUUCGCGCUUGCCCAUAGUGCUCACAGCUCACAGCUUUUUGUUCGCCUCGAACGCUGUGUUGUGUCGAUUGUGUUCCCGUUUUCUUCCUCCUGUGAAGAAGUGCAAAUCUCUGUUCCGUGCUCGACUAGUGUGUCCGUUUUGUGCGUGUGUGUGCUUGGAGAAAAGAAUUACCGUGCUAUGUAAGUGAAAGAAUUAUUGUGCUGGCAGAAACACACAAGCGAUGGCAGCGUAAUUCAUCUCGCCUCAUAGUUAUUGCGAAAUUGUUCCAAACGGUGAAAAUAGUCUGAAAGUCCCGAUCUGAAACGCCCCUCUAUCGAGGGGGGGCUAGCUGAUCUAAGGUGUAUCUAUGUGUGCUGUGUGUGUGUUUGUGACCAGGAGAUAUAAAGCGUGAGUCCGGUGAGGUGAAAACAAAAACGUGAAGCACCGAGAAGGGGUCAGCAUCAGAAAACACUGGCGAAAUGGCCGACAAAGUAACGAAAUUCGAACGGAUGGCCAUGACCAAACCCGUCCCGAUGAAGCUGUUCGCCGCCUGGGAAGUGGACCGGACACCAUCGAACUGCAUUCCAAGAUUAUGCUCGUUAAAAAUCACACGCCUGUCUCUGCUCACACCCCUGCCGGCCGAUCUGACGUCCCUAUCGCUGGCGGUACGGAUGCAAAGCUCAAAGCGAACACUGCGGUCACAUGAGAUUCCGGUUCCACAGUCACUGAGCAGCGGAUACAGCAGCAGCAGCACCGGCACAAUCGGUACCGGAGGCACCGGUGGAUCGGUUGGUGGCGGCUCGCUCGCCAGUGUCGGUCAGCUAAACUCACCACCGCUGCUGGAGACGGAGCUGGAUCUACACUUUAGCCUACAGUAUCCACACUUCAUCAAGCGCGACGGGAACCGGUUGCUGAUAUUGCUACAGCGUCGCAAAAAGUACAAAACGCGAACCAUACUCGGCUACAAAACGCUGGCGGAAGGUGUCAUCCGGAUGGAUGCGGUGCUGCAGAAAUCGAUGGACAUGACGGUGGAGCUGAACGGGUCGGGUAAGGCGGGCCGGGCCGGUGUGACGAUAGCGACGCUGCGCGCCACCCAGGUCACGUCGAUCCCGGUCGAUCAGGAUAACAAGAACAACAACAGCCUGCUGGUGACGGAUCGCGUCAACGAGUACUCGGACGAGGACGAGGAGCAAGAGUUUAGCUCGGGCGAUGAGAAUGACGAGGGUCUGUCGGGGUAUGCGGCGAAGCGCAACUAUGCCGGCAAGCGCGAUUCGUACAAAAAGUUCGAAUCGGGCGAGCAGGACGGCGAGCAGGAGGACGGCAAUAUGCUACCCUCGAACCAGGCCGACAGUGACAGCGAUUUCGACAACAUGGGCAAGGAAAAGUCGCGAGGGAAAAUGAGUCGGCAACGGAACUUCAAGCAACGCAUCAUUUCACUGCUCAAGCGCUUCAAGGUGCCGGAAGAGCUGGAAGGGGACGUCCGGGAGCGAGGGCCGGCACUGCGCGGCAAGCGCGACCUGGACGCACUGUUCCAGGAGCUGGAAUCGCUCUCGUGCGGCGAAGGGGACGACUCCGGCCAGGACAUGGACAGUCUUUCCAUCGGCUCCACGCCGAAGCCAUCGUUGAGGCCAUUCUUUGAGAGCACGGGCAAACCGGUCCUCACGCAACAGCAUUCCUCGAUACAGCUUAGCUCGAUGCAGAAGGGGAGUGGUGGUGGUGGCGGUGGUGGUGGUAACAAAGAUUUUAUGCCAGAAAAGAAACCCAAUUUAGAGAAGCGUGACUCGCUCGCCGAAAAGAAAAGCAAUUCAAUAACAAUUGCCAAUAAUCUUAUUAAUAGUAUGAACGGCAACAGUAUUAAUAACAAUCAGACUAGCAAUUACAGUAACAUCCAAGACCGAUCGGGCGAUUGGAAAAAUGAUAGCUCUGGCAAUGAGGGUGGCGCUGGCAAUACGGACCCGGAGGCGCUUAGUUCCGAUCCGCAGAACACGGGCAGCCCGCCGAAGGAGAAGGAAACGGCGGUGGAAAAGAAAAAUCGUUUGUUCCGCACCAGCAGCAGCACUCCGAACAGUGCCAAAAAGCAGAAGCAAGUGCUCAGCUUCCAGAUGGAUCAGCAGCAGCAGCAGCAGCACCAGCACCAGCAACAGCACCAACAGCAGCACCAGCAGAAACCGUCGCCGCUCGAAACGUGCCUGUCGCCAACGAAUGUAGAGCCGCGCCGAUCGUUGCUCGAGCAGCUGCAGCGAACGUUUACCACGGAAGAGUCGCUGCUGCCGGAGGUGGUCACGAUCGUGGGCCCGCCGGAAGCUUGCACCGUAACGCCGACACCCCGUUUAGCGUCGCUCAUAUCGUCCACCUUUCGGCCUACCUUUGCACCGAACAACACCGCGGAGGUGAAAGCAAUCACGCAGGCCCUUAUGAACAAGAUUCAGAAAUACUGCAACUCAACAGCGAAACCACCAACCACGGUGAAGGUAGUUCUAGUCGGAGGCGAUUGGCUGCAGGGCGCCGUUUUGCGCCAUUACGUAGAACUAUUGGGCAUACGGCCACCCGAUUGGGUAAAUCAUAUCAGAUUCUACAUUGUUCCUUUAGGUUCGUGUGCGGUCGCUCGGUACAUCGGAAUGAUUGAUACGAGCUACCUGAGCAUGUUCGGCACGGAGAGCUGGCAGCAGAUCUGUGACCGUGCCGCCAACCUGGACAGUGCGCAGUCGAAGAACGAAUCGGCAGAGUUUAUUAACCGGAUACAGCGCUACCUAGUGUCGGGCGGACCGUGCACGCAAGUUCCUAUUGCCGAGGCGAUGGUUAACUAUCGCGAUGAAGACUCUUGUCAAAUAUUUGUACCGUUUGUUAGUGACGUUCGAAUCGGCUGUUUAGAAGGUCCGCAGGUGUCGCUUGAUCUCGACGAAUCGUUAACGUACGCUUCGCAGGGCAGUGCCGACCGGAUGCUAUCAAGCUCGCCGCCCCAGAGCGGUCGCACAUCGCCACCCACGUCCCAAACACCCCAGCUUGCCGUGGCCCAGCUGCAGCAAAAGGAGCAACAGGCGCUGCAGCAGCAAGCGUCCUCGUCGUCCGCAUCCGCGCAGGAGUCGCUAGAGCUGCAGGUUGACUAUUGGCCGCUGGCUCGGCCAAACUUCGACCCGAAGGAAAAACCGCCCGGCAAGGGCCAGGAUCCGACGGGGAAGAACAGUAUUAAGAGCACCUUUCGCCAUCUGCAGGUAUGGCGACUACCGCAAGCACCUAGCUUUGGAGAGUUUACCAAUGGCUUAACGCUGAGCUUUGCUACCAAGGAGAAAAAACAGAAAAUUAUGCGAUUGGGUAAAAAGAAGGAGAAGGAUCGUGAUGCUGAGAAGGAACAGUGCGUUGAAGGCGUGGCCCGUCUGAUCUGUUCGCCGAAACAAUCGCACCCGGUCCCGUUGCGUGUGUACAUCGAUGGUACGGAGUGGACGGGGGUGAAAUUUUUCCAACUCUCUUCCCAGUGGCAGACGCACAUUAAGAACUUCCCGAUCGCGUUGGUCGGUGCACCGUUGGCGCCGGCCGAGAUGCUAACCUAGUCAGCUUUAUCCUCCGUCUUGGCGGAGCUAAUACCUAAUAGACCGACAUCACCAGCGACUCCAUCACCAACGUGUUUGAGCUCCUCACCAUCCGCCGCCACCACCACCAUCCACCACCGCGCUGGCGCCCUAGCUGUCGGACCACCGGUACCGGCGGGCUGUUGUAGCACGGCGCCCUUCACGAAACUGCCACCGUUGGCCCCGCGAUCCGCUGGCUGUGAACCGCCAGCGAACACACCGUUCCUGACAUCAGCAGCCGGCAGUGGCCAUGGUCACACCAGUGCCAGCAGUAGCACCGGUGCAGCGCGGCUGUUGCGACCGCGCAGCUGGGCGGCGGUCAGCCGGUCGCGUGGCGAUUAAAUUGUUCGUCCGUAGCUGUCCCAUAUCCGUGUGAAGGUUGUGCCAGAGAAGCGGUCGCGUAGUGUGUGUGUGUGUGUGUGUGUCGGUUAAGAUUUCGUGAGUGUGUGGCAGUAUUGCGGCGGCCCCCCCCUUUCCGACUCUGAAGUGUCGCAUCGCACAACGGCUUUUUACCGGCCCAUUUCCCGCCUCCAAAUGAUGUUGAGUGCAACAUUUACGGGAAGAGUAGUGUGUGUAUGUGUGUGUUUUUUUUUUCAUUCUUAAUUUAUACCAGCCCGUUUGAUUUGUGAUAAAAAUUUGUUUGAGUGAGAUAUGAAUACACCUGCACGGUACUGCUCUGCUGCCCCGUACAUCAUUGUGCGUGUCCUGCUAUAGCGUUACAAUGUUUCUGAAAGCGCUUCAGGUCUCGAUGGUGCGGUCAGCAAACAGCAAAAAACAAAACUAGUCUUUUAGAGCAAAAACAGCAGCAAAACAGGAAUCGUUAGCAAUAAUCGAACGGCGUUAAAUUACCGCACAACAGAGGAGAAGGUUUUGCAUUUACCGGCACGACCGACAACUGUUGGAUGCCAGGGAAACAUAGGAAGUGCUGCUAUAUUGCGAAUGUGUUCCUGUGACAAAAUGGUGUCCUCCCCUUCGCUGCAUGCCCCCCACAUCACCACCAGGAGUAUUGUAUAAAGCAAACAAAUAAAUGUUUUGUUUAACACAUCCACAAUGCGCUGUUGGCUAUUAAAAAGAAAAACGGGGACGGAGUAGUACACCCAGACAGAGACACACAUUUUACUGUAAAGCAAAUAGGGUUUUGUUUCCGAUCGCAAACAAUAGAUGAUCCAUUUCGUUAUGAUGAUGAGGACCUGCAGAGCGCGUACUACUACCACUACUCCUUUUAACAGUCGUAAACGCGUGUUGUGGUGCAGCCGGCACGCGAUUGGGAAAUAUUUAUUUUUAAACUUACUAAAUCGCCGAAAAAAACCAACCUAUUAAGGGUAGGGAGGGGAGGGGGGGGGGUGUGGGGGUUUGAUCAAAAUUUGGUCGAUUUUUAGAUAACCUUUAGAGACUGCUUGGACUGUGUCACUUAGAAUGUAAUCGGUUGUUCGGCCAGCAAGCGGUACGAUGCGCCGUUCGGUGAAAACGGCCUCGAUAGAUGUGUGUGUGUGUGUGUGUGUGUGUGUGUGUGUGUGUGUGUGUGUGUGUGUGUGUGUGUAGCAAAAGAGGACAAACGUGGGACAAAAACAACCCCCGCAAAUUGGCAAAAUGCCGCUGUGUAAUAUUGCAA